AUGGAAGCUCCUAAAAAAGUGCCAUGGAGAGAUUGAGAUGAAUGAUUAAAAGCAUGGAAAUUCUUACAGGAAGACAAAGAAAAAGCACUUGAAAUUCUUGAAAUAUGAGCUAUAAGGAUGCCUUUGCCAGUGAGAGUUGACGCAACAAGAUCGAUUUUAAAAGUUUGUAAAGAAUUAACUGGGACAUGCAAUUUCCCUGAAAUAUUGUCUGUGACAACUGAGGUGGCCAGACUUUCAUUAGGAAUGUGUAUUGCAAGGAUAGUGAAUCAGCUGUGUGACCUUAACCAAAAUGCAAAAUUCGCUAAAUCAGUUUCAAUGGCAUCAAAAACCAUGGGAUUGCCUGAAUUUUUGGUCGACCUUAGACAUGAUGCCACACAUGGAUCUCUGCCUCAACUUUAUGUCUUACUCCCCCCUCCAUGAGUGAACAAAAAAAUUUUGUUCACUCACAGAGAGGGGUUAAUUUUUUUUUUAAAAACAUUUAUAUAUAGAAAAUUUAUUUUUUCAAAAUUUUAAAAAAAAAAUCCUAAUUUGCAAAAAUUGGGAAGCAAAUAUUAUUUAAAUUUAUAAAAUUUAUGUUUUAAAACGCAAUUUGUUUAAAAAUUAAACAGAAUUAGCUGAAGAUUUCAUUAUACUAAUUAUCACUUAUAUAUCAAUUUAUUUUCAUAAUUUUUUUUUUUCUAUUAAAAAUAUUUUUGUUCACUCACGGAGGGGAUGUUUCCAAUGGUUUUGUUCACUCACGGAGGAGGGGAGUUAGCAAGAGGCCUUGAUUGCUUAUAUAUAUGGCUUACCGAAAAUUAUUGGAAAAAGCAGUACGAGAACUAUAUUACAAAGGAAGAAAAAAUAUUAGGGCUAAUAGACAAAUUUGAGAAAAGGUCAAGAGUGACUGAUGACAACUACUCGCUGGCACAGUUUGCAGAAAGCACCUUUACUGGAGAUUUGGCACAGUUUAGAGGGAAAAUAGCUCAUUUUGUUGCAGCUUUAAGAGCGAAAAUGAAAGAAGAGCCAUGGGCUAUUCUAGUUUUGCAUCUUCAAAGCAAAAUAAUAAAAUUUCCUGAAGCUGUGAUCCAAUCGGCUUUUAAAUUAUUAAAAGCUAAUGAAUUGUCACUUGGCUUAGUAAAGACGUUAGUUGAAGACAUUUUUUCAUUAGCAAGCCCUAUAAAAUUAUCAAUAACGCCAUGGGUCAAGCAUUUGCUGCUUUUGCAAAACACAGAGCUGACUGCUCAUGAAAUUUUGAAAUUUUUGAUUGAAAUGAAAGCAUUUUCAGAAGAUCUUACACAAAUUAUGACACAAAUUUCGAAAAUCUCAAGAAUAGCAAAUCCAGAAAAUGACUCUGAACAAAAAAUUGAAGCCUUACCUGAUGUUCCAAGAUGGAGAAGGCUUCAAUCAUGGAGUAGCAGAAUAUUGGGAGCGAAUAGUAUUCUGGAGAACUAA